AAGAAGUUUAACCACAGUCCCUCUGCAACUCUCUUUGAAAUCGGUCGAACGCGGUUGUUCGUCGGCUGUUUGUUGUUAUUAAUCCGCCGAAACCGAAACCAGGUGGGCCAGCUUAUUUAUUGGCUGCAUUCCGGACUAGUUCGCAACGAUCAGGGCAGGAAAAGAUCGCAGCAAAUCAUAAACUGGAGCCGAUAAAAUAAAUGUUUAUUUCGGGCGACGUCGCGAAACUUGCGGUUUUUAGUGAGGUGGAGAGUGGUUCCUGAUCGAGUUCUCGUCAUUUUUGUUGUUCCCGAUCUUGCUCCAUUCCAAUUGGAAGCGUUCAAUCGGUCCAGAAAUAUUCUUUAUUGAUCUUCGUCGCAUACCGAAUUAUCGUCGUCGUUUCUGUGUCUGUUGUCACACCGAAAAUUAUUCGUCACAAUCAGCAGAAGCGGCCGAAAUAGGUUCAUAAAACAUAAAAAUCGCUCGGCAGCAACAACACAGAAUUUAUAUACAUAUAGAUAUAUAUUUAAAAUUCGAAGCGAGACGCGAAAGGCGAGGCAAACAAAAAGUAAAAAAAAAAACAAAACAAAACCCAAGUGAACGCUGCCACUUUUUCGGUGUGUGUUGUUCUGUCUUAACGCGAUAUUCCUGCGCUCUUACCUGAGGCCAAGAUCUCACCUCUGCCCUUGCAGCCGGCAAUUAGCAUCCCCGAUCCUCGCUCUCUCCGCUCGUGAGCAAAGUAAAAAGGACGCAGGACACCAUGGCGUUGCAACGGGAAGCGGGAGUGCAGGACUUCGUCCUCCUGGAUCAUGUGUCCAUGGAGAAGUUCAUGGAUAACCUAAGAAAGCGAUUCCAAGUUGGGUCCAUCUACACAUACAUCGGCGAGGUGUGCGUCUCGAUGAAUCCCUACAGACAGAUGAACAUCUACGGUCCGGAGACGAUCCGCAAGUACAAGGGCCGGGAACUGUUCGAGAACGCGCCCCAUUUGUUCGCAAUCGCCGAUGCCGCCUACAGGGUCCUCAAGCAGCGUCAACAGGACACCUGCAUCCUGAUAUCCGGAGAGUCCGGAGCAGGGAAGACGGAGGCCUCCAAGAUCAUCAUGAAGUACAUUGCGGCGGUCACAAAUGCCCAGGGACAGAACGAAAUCGAGCGGGUAAAGAACGUUCUGAUCCAGAGCAAUGCGAUCCUGGAAACCUUUGGCAACGCGAAGACCAAUCGCAACGACAACUCCAGUCGGUUUGGAAAGUACAUGGACAUCGAGUUCGACUACAAGGCGGAUCCGGUGGGUGGUAUCAUCACCAAUUACCUCCUGGAGAAGUCGCGAGUGGUGCAGCAGCAGCCGGGCGAGCGGAAUUUCCACAGUUUUUACCAGCUACUUCGUGGAGCCAACGACAACGAACUGCGACAAUAUGAGUUGCAGAAGGAAACGGGCAAAUACCACUACUUGAACCAGGGCAGCAUGGACAUCCUGACGGAGAAGUCCGACUACAAGGGCACCUGCAAUGCCUUCAAGACCCUGGGAUUCUCCACGGAUGAGGUGCAGACCAUUUGGCGCACAGUGGCGGCCGUGCUGCAUCUGGGAAAUGUGGAGUUCCAAACCAUUGAGGAUGAACUGGUAAUAAGCAAUAAGCAGCACCUGAAGUCCACUGCCAAGCUGCUCCAGGUCACCGAAUCCGAGCUCUCCACGGCACUGACCAAGCGGGUCAUCGCCGCCGGCGGAAAUGUGAUGCAGAAGGAUCACAAUGCCACGCAGGCGGAGUACGGAAAGGAUGCCCUGGCCAAGGCUAUCUACGACCGGCUAUUCACCUGGAUCAUUUCCCGCAUCAACCGGGCGAUCCUGUUCCGAGGCAGCAAGACGCAGGCGAGGUUUAACUCGGUCAUCGGAGUGCUGGACAUUUACGGCUUUGAGAUCUUUGACUCCAACAGUUUCGAGCAGUUCUGCAUCAACUACUGCAACGAGAAGCUGCAGCAGUUGUUCAUUGAACUGGUGCUGAAGCAGGAGCAGGAGGAGUACCAACGCGAGGGCAUUGAAUGGACAAACAUUGACUACUUUAACAACAAGAUCAUUUGCGAUCUUGUGGAGCAACCGCACAAGGGUAUCAUUGCCAUCAUGGACGAGGCCUGUCUGAGCGUGGGCAAGGUGACGGACGACACGCUCCUGGGGGCCAUGGACAAGAACCUGAGCAAGCAUCCUCACUACACAAGUCGCCAGCUGAAGCCCACGGACAAGGAGCUGAAACAUCGCGAGGAUUUCCGCAUCACCCACUAUGCCGGCGAUGUGAUCUACAACAUCAAAGGAUUCAUCGAGAAGAACAAGGACACGCUGUACCAGGACUUCAAGCGCCUGCUCCACAACUCCAAGGACGCCAACCUUAGCGAGAUGUGGCCCGAGGGAGCGCAGGACAUCAAGAAGACCACCAAGCGGCCCCUGACCGCCGGCACCCUGUUCCAGAGAUCGAUGGCCGAUCUGGUAGUGACGUUGCUGAAGAAGGAGCCCUUCUACGUGCGCUGCAUCAAGCCCAACGACAUCAAGAGCUCCACUGUUUUCGAUGAGGAACGCGUGGAGCACCAGGUGCGCUACCUCGGACUGCUCGAGAACUUGCGGGUCCGACGAGCCGGAUUCGUGCAUCGCCAGCGUUACGACAAGUUCCUGCUGCGCUACAAGAUGAUCUCGCAGUACACGUGGCCCAAUUUCCGGGCGGGCAGCGAUCGCGAUGGUGUCCGGGUGCUGAUCGAGGAGAAGGGCUUUGCGCAGGACGUUAAAUACGGCCACACCAAGAUCUUCAUCCGCUCGCCGAAAACCCUAUUCGCCCUGGAGCAGCAGAGGAACGAUAUGAUCCCGCACAUCGUGACCCUGCUGCAGAAACAGGUGCGCGGAUGGAUUGUGAGGAGGAACUUCAAGAAGAUGAAGGCGGCCAUCACAAUUGUGCGGGCCUACAGGACCUACAAGCUGCGCAGCUAUGUCCAGGAGCUGUCCAACCGCUUCCGAAAAGCCAAGCAGAUGCGGGACUACGGCAAGAGCAUCCAGUGGCCGCAGCCGCCGCUCGCAGGACGAAAGGCGGAGGUCAAGCUGCACCGCAUCUUCAACUUCUGGCGAGCUAGCAUGAUCCUAAGCAAGUAUCCACGUAGCGAAUGGCCCCAGUUGCGUCUCCAGAUCAUCGCCGUCACCGCUCUGGACGGCAGACGACCCUACUGGGGUCAACAGCGCCGCUGGCUGGGCGAUUACCUGGUUAACUCGCAGGAAAACAGCUUCUUUGAAGCCUACAAUACGAGUGUGCGCAACAUAAAGAACAGCCUGGCAGGAGUCGCCGGCGCUGAGUCCUUCCGCCAGGUGCUCUUCUCCGCUUUCGCCAAGAAAAUCAACCAUCACAACAAGCAGUCUAAUCGCGCCUUCAUCGUCACCGAUUCAACCAUAUACAGACUGGAGGGCAUCAAGAAGUUCCGCUACGAAAAUAAACGUUGUAUUGGAAUUAGAGAGUUGACUUCCAUUAGUGUGUCUCCUGGCAGGGAUCAACUGAUUGCCUUCCACUCGCCCAAAAACAAGGACCUGGUGUUUGCCCUGCAGGGCGAGUACACGCCCCUCAAGGAAGAUCGCAUUGGCGAGGUGGUGGGCAUUGUGUGCAAGAAGUACCAUGAUCUCACCGGAACGGAGUUGCGUGUGAAUGUGAGCAACAUUAUACCCUGUCGUCUGGAUGAGAAGUCCCGCACCAUUAGGGUGGAGGCGGCGUCCAAUCUGGAGGUUCCAAACUUCCAUUUUAAGGAUGGCAAGAUCAUCUUCGAGGUACCCGCGGCGUACUGCGUUUAGGAGGGAGACCCUCUCCCCAUCUGAAUUGUAAAUUAUGGAACCUAAUUUUAGGACAUUUCUACUUGUGACCCAUUUGUCCAACUGGACAAGACAACUCUGUGUAUACCGUGCCUUCUGCUAACACCCGCUUUGUAGUUUUUAAAAUGUCUUCUAGUUAGUCCUAUCUGUUCUGUGUGUUUGAUCGACGAAUUGAUUGUAAUUUUGUACAUUUUUCUAUUACGUAUGCGUUAAGGCGAUAUUUAUUUACCAACCAUGUGAGAGGACCUCCUCCGCCAGUUUAGCUGGCAUACAACAUAACGAAAAGUAUUAAAUGUUCUUUGUGCAUUUCUUCAAAUAUGAUUCACAGCACACAACAAACCUUUUGUAAUGAUCAGCGAAAAAGUUUGUACUUAAAACUAAAAUCACGAACCUAUGUGUGCCAUUUGCAAAUAAUAUUAUUUAAAUAAUAUACAAAAUAAAAGCUGUAAACUUUGUACUUUAAA